AUCGUCAAUCAUUUUUCUUUCUUGUUGAGUAGUUGUAGUUCGAUGGUGUGCCCAAUUUUAAAAAGAAGAAGUCGAGAAAAUAGCUAAUUAAUAGUUAGCAAAAGGCACCAAAAGAGAAGACGUUGUUUUCAUUAUUGUUAAUGCAUGUUUUAUUGUGCUUGUUGUUUAGUACAUCAGUCAUUCACAUUUUGAAAUGGCCGGGGUGACUAACGUACUUGAAACGGUGCGCGAAGACGAUUUCGUUGAAUAUUUCAUAUUUCCUCAUUUAGAAUGUAAUGAUGAACAACAACAAGAAAAAAUUUUGACAGCGAUUUUAAAUAAAGCAAAAAAAAUCAUUGAUAAAUACGCGAAAAACUACUUGUGGCACAAAGACGAAUUCCAAUUAUCAAUUAGAAUAUCGACAUCCAAUUUUUUAAAUGAAAUCGAAGGUCAAAAAGAAAAUCUUCCACCACACCUUUAUGGUGUGUCCCAUUAUGGUGAUAAUAUAGAAGAUGAAUGGUUCAUGGUAUUUCUUUUGCAACAAUUAACAAAGGAAUUGAAUGAGUGUAUUGCUAGAGUGCAUGAUGUAGAUGGGGAGUUUUUGUUGAUUGAGGCUGCUGAAUAUUUACCCAAUUGGGCCAACCCAGAAACCUCUCAAAAUAGGGUUUACAUUUAUAAUGGUAAAAUUCAUCUUAUACCUCAAGAUUGUAGUAAUACUGAGAUCAAAGUCAGUGAAGCCAUUUUUGCUAUAAGAAAAGACCCUUCAAAAACAGUAGCUUGCCCAGAGAUACAAUCCAGCAUAAAUACAAAGCUUGAAGGUUAUCCUGAGAAAUUAAAAGACAAUAUCCAUAAUGCAAUAGUUUUUAUACCCAUAGGAGUAGCUAGAGUUUUAAGAGCAAAACCGAAUUUGAUAUCAGCAGCAGUUCAAGCAUUCUGUAAUAGAGAUUCUAUCGAUCUAAAAGCUUGCAGAGCCAUGAAAUACUUUCCUCCAGAAAAUCGAGUUAAAAGAAGUGUAGUUUUUACCAAAUGUUUAUAUGCCAUGCUAACAAACAGUAAAUAUCUUCCAGAUAGAAGAACAGGUUGGAAUUUACCUUCUUCUACCUCAAACGACUAUAAAUCUCAUUUGUUGGGAGUAAAACUUGCUUGUGGUUUUGAAAUUUUAGCUUCACAAGCAAAACCAAGUACUGAUGUUGAUUCUGAUAGAGGCUGGCAGAAUUAUUUAAAGAGUUUAAAAGAUAAAGGAUAUUUCCAAGAGUACUUAGAACAUUCUCUGGGUUAUAAUAAUUUACUUAACAAAGCUAAACAAUAUUAUAUGGAAAACAGAGAUUCCAUGCACUACAGCUCCUCAAUAGGACAAGAUAUUUUAGACUUGAGCCGGAACUCAGAUAUUGGGGUAGACGAUCAGAUGAAUCUUGUAGAUGAUGAUGAUUCUUGGCUCAAUAUUAGCUCAGAAGAAUUAGAUAAGAUGCUGCAAGAGAAGUACGGACAAAAGAAGAUAUUUAAUGUUAAUAAUAAUUCAGAUGCUUCGGGUUUUGCUGGAAAAUUAACCAGUUUUUUGAACCACGUAUCAGAUGUGGAUGGAGCAGAAUUUCCUACAGAAAACGAUUCUCCUGUUAGACCUCCUAGGCGUAAAAACAAAACAAAAGUAUCUUUUUCUAACGAAUCUAAAAAGGAGGAAACUGCAAAUCCCAAAAUUAAUUUUGACCCAAAUUCAUUCGCUUGUGCUCUACAAAACAUAUUAAAUUUUGCUAUUCCUGAAGACGAUUCUUGGGAUUUAGAAUCAGAUUCGGAUAUGAGUGAAUAUGAAGAAGACAACUAUGUAAAAAAUCAAACUUAUGAAAGUGGAAAAGAUAAAAACAAAUUACAAAAAUAUAUGGAUGAAAUGGAUAAGGAACUAGAAGGUACAACUAUUGGUCAAAGCUUUGAAAAGAAAAAGAAUGGAGAUAGUUUUGAUGAUAUAGAGACUUUCAAACCUGUAGACAUUAACGUCAAUGCUUUGAAAUAUAUUUUGGAGAGUUAUAAAAGUCAGAUGGGAGAGGCAGGUCCUUCCAGUAACAUGCUAGGACCGAUGGGAAUUCAUCUAGAUCCCAAAGACAAUGCAACUGUUGAAUGAAAAAAGAAUUUUACCAAUGUAUCAAAUUAUCUCAACAUGAGACAAGUAUUGGAUUAUAUGAGCCAUAUAUUUCUGGAUAAUGUGAAACUUAGUUUGUAGUGCCUUGUGAAAUGUAUAAUGUUUUUCUUUUUCUGCAAAAUUGUGUGAGAAUUGAUGAACAAAACUUUUUUUUAAAUUCAUAAAGUGAACUAUAUCAUACAUAAUUUGAAGAUACCAUCAAGGAUUGUCGUUUCAACAAAUAUCUGCAAAAUUAACUCGGGAUUUUAUCAAGGUUGCCAUAUAGAAUACCAAGAUGUGUGUUUUUUAUAAGUUUAAUUUUUUAUUGGUAGAUUUUUUGCCGGGCACUAAUAUUACCAUUUAGUAUAGUUGUAAUCUGUACUUUUUAUAAGAGAUUAUGUGUAAUGUAUUCCGGAGGUUCUUAAAUGUUGCCAAUGUAUUGAACUAUAAAUGGAGGAGAUCCAGCAAUGAAAUUAGAUUUGAUGCGGCUCUAGGCUCUGUUUAUCGCGCCGCCCUUGAUGUUAAAAAAUGAAUUUUAUUAAUUUUGUUGCAAUGUUUUUAUUUAAAAUAACUUUAUUUCGUUAUAAUAUAAUUAAUAUUAAACAAAUUUAAGUAUUAAUCAAUUUUAAAAUUUCUUUUUUCCUAUCUGUGGUCCAUGUAAAAAUAUCAAUUAUAUCAUCAUAAUCAAAUUCUUGGACAGUUGAGUUUCAAUAGACAGUAACUCAUUAAGUCUACCUUGAACCAUACGUGCACGUAAAUAUAGAUUUUUGCUCUUUUCAAAGUAGAAAAAGAUAUUUCUCCUGAACAAUUCGUAGCCAGAAUACUCAAAAAAACACUUGAAGCAACUUCAACAUUUGGGUAAACAUCUCAACAGCUAAGUGAAUUCAAUACAUUGCAUAUAUUUUGUACAUCUUCUGUAUUUGCUUACGAAUCUUUGAAGUUGAUAAUGUAAAUUGAUACAUUUGUUUCCUAAUGUUUAUUCCAAAUUGCCAAGAUAAUUGCCGACUAGUUUAUUGGCAAGAUUUUUCAAUUUGUUUCAGAGCCGGAUUAAGCUAGGGGCUUGGGGGGGGCUAUAGCCCCAGGUCCAAGAGGGUUUUUUUGAGGUGUCGAUAUCACAAAUUUUUCCGGGUUUCCAAAUUCCUUAAACAUAGAUUAAAAUUUUGGUAAAAAUUUUCAUAUGCACAUUAUACCCUGCCAAUUGCACAUUACUCAGAGUAUCUAAAAUAAUAUAAUCAACAUUGGUGCAAAAAAAGGUAUGCUUUCAUUUACUUGCGUCUCAUCUGGACUCAAAAUCCUAGCUCUUUCUUCAUAUUCAGAAAAUU